GCAGCAAGCAGCGCCUUGUGUCGUAUGUCUUUUUGUGGAUUUGUGCGUGUGUGUGGUUCUUGAUUGAAAAAAGCCAAAAAAGCAGACUGCGAGGAGAAAAACGAAAAGACUGAGCAGUCAGCCAGCCACUAGAACCGAACAGUGUGCGGAAGGGAAAGAAAUAUUCACAAAUCCAAAAUGGACGAACUCUUGGUGGAAGUAUGCGGCGAAAACGGAGCCAAUUAUAAGGGAGUUGUCACGGAUGUAUUCGAAGAUGGAGUUAUGGUGGCAUUUGAAAACGACUGGCAGGAAGAGUCAAAAUUUCUGUUUAGUCAAGUCCGUCUACCUCCAACUGAAACCACAACCACCUUCUGCGAACAUAUGGAAGUUGAGGUGUACUCCCGGUCCAAUGAGAAUGAAGCGUGCGGAUGGUGGCGAGCGGUUAUCAAGAUGAUGAAAGGAGACUUUUUUGUUGUGGAAUACCUCGGCUGGGACAACAGCUAUACGGAAAUUGUAUCCGCCGAUCGACUGCGAGUGAAGAAUACCAACUCUCCGAUCAACGAUAAGACAUUCUUUCGAUUUGAGAUAGAAGUGCCGGAGGAUAUUCGUGAAUAUUCCUUACUGAACAGUGCCAAAAUCGACGGCGUGCACCGGGAGUUUCAAAAAGCUAUCGGUGCUGCCGAUUGUCGGUACGUUCCGGAACGCGGUACGCUGUUGGUGAUAUCACGCAGUGAAUCGACGCAACGACGAGCAACCAUGAUCCAGGAGAUGUGUUUUCGAAACCUCAGUCAAAAGGUGAUGCUAUUGAAACGAACCGAAGAGGCUGCCAGACAACUAGAAUCAACAAAACUGCACAACUCGGGAGGAGGUUUUACUAACAAUCAGAGAAUUUCCGCUUUUAUUGGACAAUCAAUGAAUGAGAGAUUUACGGACGAGUUUAAGGUACGGGAGGAUCUGAUGGGACUGGCGAUCGGAGCACACGGAGCCAACAUCCAGACCGCGCGGAAGCUCGACGGAGUGCUAAAUAUUGAACUGGAAGAGAACACCUGCACUUUUAAAAUCUCCGGAGAGACUGAGGAAGCUGUUAAGAAAGCCCGCGCCAUGCUUGAGUACAGCGAGGAAUCGCUGCAGGUUCCCCGCAAUUUGGUCGGCAAGGUGAUCGGCAAGAAUGGGCGUAUCAUCCAGGAGAUUGUCGAUAAAAGCGGUGUCGUUCGUGUAAAGAUCGAAGGUGACAACGAACCGGAACCGAGCAUCCCGCGCGAAGAGGGCCAAGUCCCUUUUGUAUUUGUUGGUACAGUAGAAAGCAUCGCCAAUGCCAAAGUGCUGCUCGAGUAUCAUUUAGUGCAUUUGAAGGAAGUGGAACAGCUCAGACAGGAAAAAUUGGAGAUCGAUCAACAACUGCGAGCUAUUCAGGGAGCGACGAUGAGUUCGAUGCAAAGCUUUUCGAUGAAUCGCCGCACUGAUCGAGCCUAUAGUAGCGAAAUCGAUGGUGGCUCUCGAACGGGCAGAGGUGGUAUGCGUGGUCGCGGUGGUCGUGGAGGACGUGGCAGCAAUCCGCGAUACACUGGUCGCAGGGACAUCGGUGAAGACGAGUAUACUCCGCGGGGUAGCGGUGGUGGUGGCGGCGGUGGAGGCAGCGGUCUUGAUCGUGGCAGUGACCAGCGCAACAAUUAUUCCGACGGCAAUCGUGGUAAUCGUCGCGGGUACAGCGAAAAGCGGGGUACCAGCAGCGGAGGUGGCAAGCGGCCCGACAGGAACAAACCGCAAAAUCAGCCGGGUAUAUCGUCGUCAUCCGGGCAGGUUGGUGGAAUACAGCAGCAACAUUACCAGCCCCAGCCGCAGCAGCAGCAGCAGCAACAACAACAAAUAAUACAGGAUGAUCCCUGGUCAGAGGUGAUCGUGGAAAGCAAUCGGGAAACUAAUCGCGAACUGAACAGUGUUGAUCGGGAUAGCCACUCGUCAAACGAAGGAACCCACAACCGAAGUCGUCGAAGAUCUAAAAAUCGAGGCCACUCUAAUAAAUCCAACGGUAAUGUUCAGUCGACGAGUUUAAAAUCCGGUAGCGCCAAUGCCAACAGCACAUCGCAGCAGCCACCGCAGUCUGGAUCCACAGAUCUUCAUGACAACAACAGCAGUAACGCGAAUGCUAACAGUAACAUUAAACAGCAGCUGAAUCAUCAGCAGCACAGCACGGCAAAUGCGAAUAAUACAGGCAAUGUCAGCAAUAGUAACAACAGCAACAAUGCAUCGCAACUGCAGCAACAUCAUCAGCAGCCGCCACCGCCCAAGGGUCAACGGGAACGCGAUAAUGGUCCACGGAACCGUGGUGGUCGUGGUGGUGGUGGUGGAGGAGGAGGUGGCGGUGGUGGUGGUGGUGGUAAGCAUAAGCAAAAUCAGCAUCAGAGUAUCCAGAACCAGGCAGCUGCAGGCGGCGCCCUGAACAAUAACAAUACCACUGCUGAUCAUCAUCAUCACCACCAGCAACCACAGCAGCACAAUCCGGUUACCGGUGGCCCGGGCAAGGAAACGCUCGUCAAUGGAUCCUCAUAGAACCGGUUGGCCAAGACCCAUCUGCUGCUGGUGGGAGCGUGAAGUAAAACAUAUAUAAACACACACACCUACUAUUUACUACUACUACUAAUAAUAAACACACACCCACAUAUGAAUGGAGAAGUUUAAACCUUACAUUGUAUAGAGGAAACUUUCUCGACUCGACUACCAAUUACGAAUAUUUUGCGUGUAUUCAAAAACAGAUGCAAUUCAGAAACAAACCAGAAAAAUGGGUGAAACAAAUUAGAGACACAGAAAUAGAGAGAGAGAGAGAGAGAGAGAGAAAGCGAAAAAGGGGAAAAAAGAAGUGCAGGAACUAGUGAAAUAAGCUCCCAUUGCAGGCAAGCUUGGAUAAAAUGGGAAUCAAGCACCUAGGUAUGUGCAUCUUUCUAAAAAAAACGAGAGCGAGAGAGAUAUACAGAGACAAAGAGAGGUAUAGCCAGAAACAAGAGAAGCAAAAAGAUAACGAACACGUUUGUUGAACUAUAGAAUGCAGUAUUGUUUAAUAAGAAUCUUUGUCGCAAAUUUUUGUUCGGUUCUUCCUUCCCUACUUCGAAGGAUUUUUUUUCUGUGGUCCAUCGAAUUGAAUGUGUUCCUUAUAAUUAUGUAGUGGCAACCUUGUUUACAUAUUGGAGAAUUCGCAAACUGCUUAGAGCUGGUGCCUCCGUCCGCUUAAAACACUAGGGUGGCUCUGUUGUUGUAGAUUGAACUUAUGUUUACUGUGGAUUCGAUUCCUUCGUGAAGUAAAAGUAACAUACGCAAAGCUAAAUGGAAUGUUGUUUUUUUCUUGUUCAUGCUACGUGGCAACAACAGUGCUUGCUUUGAUUUCAGUGGAGAACCACCCGCUUUCUUUUUUUUUUUUUGGUGACCAUUCGAAACAUUCAUUUUUUUCUGGUUGCUUACAAUGGACUUGACAAUAUUGAGUUAGAUCGAAGCAAGCGUUGUCUGCUCCUUCCGUCAAAAUUUGAUAAUUGAAGCCCGUCAGAACAAUGAAAAAUUCUGAAGGUGCAAAACCAAGGAAUUUUGAGUAGUAGGAUUUUUUUAGCAAAUGUAAAAUUUGCAUUCUGUAAUUCGAUCGAGUGAUGCUUUUGUAUGGAAAACUCGAACUCGUUCGAGCUACAGAAUGCAAAAUUUCGUAUUCGAUCGAAACAAUCCGAUUCGAACGAAAUACAGGGGUGUCUACCUUUCUCCUUCCUUCGGUUCUGUGUUUCGUUCAAGUUUUCCUUGGCAAACAUUAUGUUGCUUAGAAGGUUGUUAAAACAAAAAAAAAGUGUUUCAGAAAUGUUGGCUGAGAUUACGAAUAAUUCCCAACCCGUUUCAUUUGAACCGAUAUAUGCCACAAGCUGAGCAAUUCCUGUGGGCGUCGGAGUGCCACUUACCGUUCACAAAGCUUGAACGAUGCUAGAACACACUAUGUUUGCGUUGUGCGGGCAAACGGCAACUGUUUAAACGGGUCACUUUUGUGGAACGCAAAACUUAUGUUAGCUCAGUCCUAGAUGUACAAUUCGAUUUUGAGAACUAGCUUUUAAAACCAUGAGAUCAUGUGAUUAUGGGUAACGGCUAUUUAGUCUACUUGUAUCUUAGUUACACACACGCAUUCAUGGGUCUAUAAUCAGCUGUUGUUCAGUGUUCAGUUGCUGCAUCAGAAUAAGACGUUUCCGGAAUUGAUAGGCCGACGAGAAUUGCAAAUCAUCUUCAACAAUAUCCUCGAGUGUUAUUCAAGCGAUUUUUUUUAAAGAGAUCUGGUAAUGAAUGUCAAAGUCAUUGAGAUAAAACAUUAGGACUAAUGGUCAACGUGACUACCUUGCGUUAUCAUAAAGAUGGGUCGAUGAAGUUUUCUUUGCCACAUUACACUCCGAGGCAUACUUCCUGUUAUACACUUCCUUUUAUCGAUAAAUUAACGCAGUUCUACAACUCCGUUUGGAAGCAAGUCUAAAUCGGUACUUCACCUCAGGAAUCGAAUCAGUGAACGUUUCAAGCCAAGAGUUUUCAGCUUAUAUCAUCUUUAACAUCUAAACAGGUUCUGGACAAACUAAGAACAACAAUUUUAUUGGUUUAAAAACAAAAAAAUGCACAUGAAAUUUCACAAAUAUUAAAGGUAAUGAAUUGUGUGCACCCUUCUGCUCAAUCACUUAUGUUGCAAUUGGAACAAACAUUUGAAUGUCUCAACCAUUUCACUGUUAAACUGAAUGUAUUAUCAAGCUUGAGGCAUUUUAGUGAAAUCUGUUGAAAUACGAACACACCCAGAGAUAAGAUGCACGAUUUAGUCAAGUAAAGAAUGACCGGUUAAGCAAACCACGCGAGAACCAGUUGGUGUUCCUUCCCUUGUUUUUUCUUUCUACAAAAGUUAUCUUAGCUAUACGAUGGAACGAAGAUCACACAUUUAAAACCUUUUUUUUUGUUUCCUGCCCUGAACGUUUAUGAAACCGAGACGUAAACUGAGACUGGAAUCUAAUGCAUCAGUUAUAGAAGAACAAACGUUGAACUAAUUUUCCUCCCCACCCGCUUCGAAAGAAACAAGCCCCAACCCGAGCAUUAUUAUAAUUUUGUCCUAGUUGUACGCUAUUUAGUUAGACUUUUCACUGAUAUUUUUAUUUAUUAUAAUAUAGUCCAACUAUUUCUGUGAGAACAAUGUACUUUAGAUUAUCCAGCUUUCCGUUGUUGUUUUUUUUUUCUUCUCAACAGGGAACUAAAAAAGAAAGUUCUCUCCAUUUUGGAUUGAUUUCCAACCUAAUUCCAACUGAAAAUUUCGAAUAUACUCUGCUCUUUGUUAUAGGAAGCUCAUAUUGUUUUGUAACCCACCGCAACAAAUCGCUUGACAAACACGUAUCUUUAUUUGUAUGACAUUGUAAGGACUUCUCUCGGAGAAAAUUUUCAAAGAACUGUACCAAUGAGUGGGAGAUUUUGCGCUAAAGAAAACGCUGAACUGAAUUCCGCUGACGUCCUUUUCAUAUUUUCCUUUUCCUGUUGGGGAUUGCAGUAAAAUAUUCCUGCCGAGGGGCUCCCACGAGCAUACUCUGGCUUAUCUGUUUUGUUUGACAUUUCAAUUUGAAGACACAGUCGACAGUCUGGCAUGAGUUUUAGCUCGUUGCAUGCUAGCUUGCGAUAUCUCCGAUUGAAUAAGCAAAUCACACUUUUCGACGGUUUUGUGGUUUUCGGCUUUCGAUUUCUCUCCAAUUCAGUCAGUCUUUCGGGCUGUCGAUAAGCGUUCUUUCAACACUUUUGUCAACUUUGCGCGCGAGUAGUUCGGAUUUUCGCGAUGCUCGAGUAUAGUUUUGAUGUGUGGUUUCGCUAAUUUCGAUGCCAUUUUCUCAACUGAAGCAAAAUUGUCAUUCAGUGAAAAAUAUAUGAACCUUUAAUUUGAGACGAAAUUUGUGAAAAUCUACUGUCGGAACCGGGAACGGGGAAAUGGCAUAGCAGAAAUCGAUUCGUUCAGUUACAAAUUACUGAAGCAGAUCCGGAAUAAAAUUUUAAACUUAUUUAUUUUAAUUGAAUCCAUGUUUGUGAAAAUCGGCCCGGCCGUUUCUGAGAAAAUAAGAGUGAUUUCUGGUUUGGAAUACACGAUCAGUUUUUUCGAAGCUUUCGGAACCGGUAAGCAGUGUAUUUGGUCAUCAACUUACCAAGCCUGUUCAAUCGGAGAAUUAUACGACUUGUUGAAAGUACUUUGGCUUGAUUUUUCAGUGUCAUGUAUAAAAAAACAUGCACUGGAAAAUUAUUUAUUAAUACUUUUCAGCCUCUAAUCAAGCUGCUUUAGCUUUAGUACUAGACAGUAAUGGCAUUGUAAUUUGUGUGUAAGUUCCGUGCCUACAGUGAAGAUGUAGCCAGCGAACACCGCACAAAAAAGAAAACGCACUUGCCUUCAAUGUCGAAUAGACAGAUUUUGAGUGUGCGUCAACCACAUUCUCCUCGCAUGAAUCACUCUCACGUGUUCUCGCCCAAACACACCCAAGUGUGCACUGGCGCAUGCACUAGUGAGUGAGCACUUCUGUGAUUUUUAUUCAUUUAUAGGAAGUAGAGUAUGCCUUCCCAUAAAAAUCAUUAUUGCAGUAGGAAAAAAAAAACGAAAAAUCUGCUCAUGUUUUUUUAAGGCGAAUCUUACGAAAGUAAACAAAUCGAGUUUCUUUUUCCUACGAAUAAAUGAUUCAAAAUCUGGCAAAUUUUGUUUACGCAAAUUCUAAUAAAAAAAUGCGAAACAGUCAUUCAAUUUGUUUUCAUAAGUUUCGCCUUCAGUGCUCCAUGCCAACAAACAGGGUGAUACUUCAAUGACUAGAAAGGACACUAUUUCCUUUUUUCCGAUUUUUUCAUUAUUGGAAAUAAUAAAUGAGACAGCAUAAUUAUCCGCAGAUUUGUCCUAAUUGCGAAAACCAGUCAAGUUCACGAAAUAUUCACGAGGGCGUAACUACAUGAACCUUACCGGACGCAGAGAAGUAUUGCAGAUUGCUUCCAAAGAUAAACUUUUGACGCAGAUUCUUAACCACACUAUGUUUCUGCAUAAACAUGGUUGCUGGAAAAAAAAAAGUUGAGAAAAUUGACAAAAAAAAUCGUUUUUUCCUGGCAGCUUUCUUUGAUAUCUGCUUAACUGGUAACCCUGCUUACGAAUUUGACAACGAGCAGAAAAGAGGCAAAGAAAAAAAACAGAACCAUAUGAUUGUGUUGUCGGUUCUAGACGUCAGAGUUCUGUCAGCUCAAAGCAGUUGCACUUAUGAUCACACUUUCGACUCAUCACAACUUUAAUCUGUGCAGUUCGAUUUAGUGUGAACUGUGCAAUAGACAAAUCGAAACUCUUUAUGUUGAUUUAUUCAGUCGAUAUAGAAGGAAAGUGGAAAAAUGUGCAUACCUUUGAGCAAGCAAACAAACCCGAAACAUUGAAAAAGUCAUUCGUACACAAAUACAAAUGCAAGCGCGGUGCCCGAAUUUUUGUCAUGUUUAUCUCAUUCUGACUAUAUUUAGAAAAAAAAAUCAUGAUUGUUCUUAAUAAUCAAAAUACUAACUUCCUGAAAAAUAUUUUAAAAAGAUCAUAUUUUGAAUUAUUUGUGGUUAGCCCAGAGAAAAUGAAUCAUGGCUAACUCAGCAAUGAGAGCGAUGAAACCCGAUUACUAGAUUUGAAAUUCAGGACAAGCUUCAACAUCGGGAUAAUAUAUCAAUUAAGACUUGUUUAACAUAGUCAUGAUCCAAUUUGAACCAACCGAAUUCUGAUUCAAUAUUAUUAUAUCGUGGUUGAAGAUAUCUGAAACAACAAAUUUUAUAUUUGGUAGAGAUCAACCGGUUUGUUGUUUUGAAUGAACUGAAUGUGACUGUGGGCUAGUGAUGACUUCAAAAAGUCAGUUAAAUUUUUACACGCAUUCUAAAUCAGACUUGAACGUUUGUGAUCUGUGAUCGAAGGACGAUGAACCAGAAGUCCGAAUUGGUUGACUUACUUACCUACCGAAAAUAAAUUCACAUCUAAAGUCUGUUGCUAUUAAUAAUCUAUGAUCCACGAGCUAUCAGUUAUUUGCUAUUGUAUUAUGGUUCUGUUCUCGUCCAUUGGUCUAGAAACCAGCCGCCGUAUGUGAAGAGCACUGACCAGAACAGUUUAUUGCUCUCACUGCAAUGUUGUGGAACGGGCUAAAAUUUUGUUACGCUGCCUUUACGGAACGAUGGAACUUUUAGCUGGACAAAAACAAACUUCAUACAUGUUAAGAUCAAACAAAUGAAUUGAGUUUAGAGUAAUUCAUUAGACGGUGUUAGAUAAGGUAGCAGACAAAUAAAAAAAAUCACAGGAGCACAUACAUAAAACAAUAAGAUCCAAUAACGCAAAUGCAUUAACAGUUCUAUUUAAAAAAUGUACUGUUUAGGAGGCUUUUGCAAAUGGCAAAUUGAAAAACAAAUCAAAUUCCUCCAAUUAAAAAAUGCAAAUGAAAACAAAUUAGACCCGAGAGUCUCCGCAAUUGGAGAAGAAAAAAAAACAAUUUUAUUACAAUUCUAUCGCUAUCAAAUUUAAUAUCGAAAAAAGUCAAAUACCUACCAGAAAUACAAAAAAAAAGGACACAAAAUCAAUCGAGUCAACGCUACAUACUUAUAUUGAGUGUUCGUUUAUUUUGAAUUUUGAGAAUAACUAUUCGAGAACAAAGCCCGAAAGUAGCCGAUAAAAUGAAGAAUUCUAGCAAGUAAACAAAUUGAUAACCGAACAGAGGAACACAGAAGACAAGUUUCAACAAAACUUUGAAGGAACGUCUUUUUAAAUGUAAAAUUGUAGUUAUGUAAUAGUAAUGAGAAAAAAAAACAAGUUAAACAAUCUAGCAAGUACUGUCACGCGCGCUGAUGUAAUAAACAGAAAAAACCUCUUUUGAUACGAGCAUAGCAAAAUGGAACCACUCAAAAGUCGUAACACAUACACGUACAUAGAACCACUCUAACACACACGUGACAUCUAUUUCCUCUCCAUGAAUAUCGAAGGAUGAGUACAGCUUUACGCUCGUCUUACAAACACAAACGCAUUAAGGCUCUUGAUUAAGGAAUUUGCGACUCAAUGUUAAGUAGCACUGCAGGAAAACGAAUUAGCGAAACAAAUGCGAAAUUGGAACAAAACCAAAAGAAAAUCAUGGAGAAGGAGAGUCAAAUAAAUAAAUAUUGCCUUCAAAUUAUUGUAA